ACAAAUCAUCAUGUCAGUCAUACCGAAAUGGCGUAAAUAUUUUGCCGGUUGUGAUAAACUUUUUCUGUAUAGCACCAUCCUAUGCUUUACAAAUUGUUGUUUUGUUCGGAAUAGCGAUUGCUUCCCUUUCUAUAAUGUUCGACUUAGUGCGUAAUGCCAUCACAUAUCUUCUUCUGCUUGUUGUCUAUUCUACCGCAGUCCAGGUUGGCGAUGUAUUUCUUCGGUUCCAAUGGGACAGUCUUCUUGUUGAAUCUGGAGCAAUAUGUAUUAUCAUAGCUCCGUUACCUUUCGUUGGACCUUCACCAGCAGAUAACAUUUCAUUGUACUUGAUGCGCUGGUUACUAUUCCGGCUCAUAUAUGCAUCAGGCGUGGUCAAACUCACUAGCCAUUGCCCUCUUUGGUGGGAUCUCGCAGCACUGGACGUACAUUUCGAAAGCCAGUGUGUGCCCACAUGGAUUUCUUAUUAUGUUCAUAUGGUUCCAAAAUGGUUCAAGCAUUUUUCAACUGCUCUCACACUCUAUAUUAAAAUUAUUUUGCCUCCUUUAUUUUUAUUGCCAUUCAAAUAUGCACGGUAUUUUUCGUUCGGUCCUCAGAUUUUACUUAUGUGUUUAAUUAUGGCAACGGGUAACUACAACUUCUUCAACCUUCUUAUAUCAGUCGAGUGUGUAGCAGUAUUGGUGGAUUCGGACGAAUUCAGAUUUUCUACGAAGGGCAUAUAUCCCCGAUAUGAGCGUUCCCUGACACGCUUAGGAACAAUGAUAUCGGCUGUUUUGAUAGCAUCAACCCUAUACUUUUUCGUUCAUUAUUUUAAUGUUGAUAUUGAUGGCUUUAAAGUAACGUCUUCAAUUGGAUUUAGUAUUCAACAAUUUGACGAAUUUGUUGAAGAGUCGACUGUUUGGUUAUUAUACAUUGGAGUUACUAACUUUGUAGCUGAAAUUAUUACUGCAGUAUUGAGGAUGUCUGGUUUGUAUGGUCGACCGGAAAUAAUCUUAGAAGGUUCCUAUGAACUGAAUGGUCCUUGGAAUAUGUUUGACUUCUAUUCAAAACCUGGAAAACUCAACGAAAGACCACGAUUCGUAUUGCCACAUCAGCCACGCUUGGAUUGGCAAAUGUGGUUUGCCGCUCUAGGAACCUAUCAUAAUAACGCUUUCUUUCUUUCUCUCGCUUAUCAUUUGUUACGAAAUAAUUCAGAAGUUACUUAUCUUAUGAAGAAGUAUCCAUUUGAAAAGAAGCUUCCAAAUUUUAUCCGAGCAGAUCUUUACCUUUAUCAUUAUACCAAGAUCAGUUUGAGAGAUGAGUGGCCGAAGGACUAUUGGCGCCGUGAUUUCCAGCGGGAAUAUAUGCCAUCUAUUGCUCGUGAGGAUACAACAUUAUCCGACUAUUUGCAUCAGAAUGGCUUCGUCCUUAAAAAACACUUUACAUUGAAGAAUCAGGAUUUUGGCCUUGAAAACAAAUUGCGAAGUCUGCAUAAUUGUGUACGAACACUGAACCCGACCACGUUUGUUGAUUCAGUCAUUCUGGCCCAUGCAAUUUUAUUUAUAACGUGUAUCAAAUUUAGAAAAGUCACAGCUAUUAUCAUGCAGUAA